UCUCAGGUCCAUAAUUGGUUGAAACGAGGAGCGGGGUGAGAGGUUAGAAAGAAGGCUGAAUGUACGUGAGGGGCGGAGCGAGGCCCUCCUGAGGUGACCUCCCUCCAGACCUUUGGCUCCUCCUUUGCCCCUCCUCCUCCCCAAAGAGAAACGUGAACUGAACCUGAUAAAGGGGACACAGAUCCUGGAGAAAACUGGUAGGACGGGGUGCAAGGAGACAGGCUCUCUACCCAGACAGGCCUGGCCUCUCUCCCCGGGUGUUACUCAGAGAAAGGAAAAACACCUCCCACCCUCCACCCCCAACCCUGAGAAGACCUGUUUGUAACACUGCCCAAUAAUCAACCUGACAGGGACCCAUCCCUUAGCCUUCCCAAAGCUUGUGGGAAGGAGUCAUGUCAUCUGCCAAAGGUACCGCCAUUGGCAUCGACCUGGGCACCACCUACUCCUGUGUGGGGGUAUUCCAGCAUGGCAAGGUGGAGAUCAUUGCUAACGACCAGGGCAACCGCACCACUCCCAGCUAUGUAGCCUUCACAGACACUGAGAGACUCAUUGGAGAUGCAGCCAAAAACCAGGUGGCCAUGAAUCCCCAGAACACAGUGUUUGAUGCCAAACGACUUAUUGGCCGCAAAUUUGCAGAUUCCGUGGUGCAAUCAGAUAUGAAGCACUGGCCAUUCCAGGUGAUAAAUGAUGGAGGCAAGCCUAAAGUUCAAGUGUCCUACAAAGGUGAGAACAAGGCCUUCUACCCUGAAGAGAUCUCCUCCAUGGUGCUGACCAAGAUGAAGGAGACUGCUGAGGCUUAUUUGGGCCAUGCAGUCACCAAUGCUGUGAUCACUGUCCCAGCCUAUUUCAAUGACUCUCAACGCCAGGCCACCAAGGAUGCUGGGGUAAUUGCUGGCCUCAAUGUGCUGAGAAUCAUCAAUGAGCCUACAGCAGCUGCCAUUGCUUAUGGCCUAGAUAAAGGGAGUCAGGGUGAGAGAAAUGUCCUGAUCUUUGACCUGGGUGGAGGCACUUUUGAUGUGUCCAUUCUCACCAUUGAUGAUGGAAUCUUUGAAGUGAAAGCCACUGCAGGGGAUACCCACCUGGGUGGAGAGGACUUUGACAACCGACUUGUAAACCACUUUGUUGAAGAAUUCAAGCGUAAACAUAAGAAGGACAUCAGCCCAAACAAACGUGCUGUGAGAAGACUUAGAACAGCCUGUGAGAGAGCUAAGAGAACCCUGUCUUCCAGCACUCAAGCCAAUCUUGAAAUUGACUCCUUAUUUGAAGGCAUUGACUUUUAUACUUCUAUCACUAGGGCAAGGUUUGAAGAGUUGUGCUCAGACCUGUUCCGGGGGACCCUGGAGCCUGUGGAGAAAGCCCUGAGAGAUGCCAAGAUGGACAAGGCCAAAAUUAAUGAUAUUGUUCUUGUGGGUGGCUCAACUCGAAUCCCCAAGGUGCAGAAACUACUGCAAGAUUUCUUUAAUGGCAGAGACCUGAACAAGAGUAUCAACCCUGAUGAGGCUGUAGCCUAUGGAGCAGCAGUGCAGGCAGCCAUUCUGAUGGGUGACAAAUCAGAGAAAGUACAAGACCUGUUGCUGUUGGAUGUGGCACCCCUUUCCUUGGGGCUGGAGACAGCAGGAGGUGUGAUGACAGCUCUGAUCAAACGCAACUCCACCAUCCCCACCAAGCAGACCCAGAUCUUUACCACCUAUUCUGACAACCAGCCAGGUGUCCUGAUCCAGGUGUAUGAGGGAGAGCGGGCCAUGACCAAGGACAACAACCUCUUAGGUCGUUUUGACCUGAGUGGCAUCCCACCUGCUCCACGGGGUGUCCCCCAGAUUGAGGUGACUUUUGACAUUGAUGCCAAUGGAAUCCUGAAUGUCACAGCUAUGGACAAGAGCACAGGCAAAGCCAACAAGAUCACCAUCACUAAUGACAAAGGGCGCCUAAGCAAGGAAGAGAUUGAGCGAAUGGUGCAUGAUGCAGAAAAAUAUAAAUCAGAAGAUGAAGCCCAGAGGGAAAAAGUUGCUGCUAAAAAUGCUCUAGAAUCCUAUGCCUUCAACAUGAAGAAUGCAGUGAGUGAAGAAAGCUUAAAGGGAAAGAUCAGUGAAGAUGACAAGAAAAAAGUGCUAGAUAAAUGCCAAGAAGUCCUUUCCUGGCUAGAGGCCAAUCAGCUAGCUGAGAAGGAGGAGUAUGAGCAUAAGAGGAAAGAAUUAGAGCAGGUGUGUAACCCUAUUGUCACCAAGCUCUACCAGGGAUGUGGGCCAGGUGUGGGAGGCACUUGUGGGUUUGUUCCUCCCAAAGGAGCCCCCUCUGGCCCCACUAUUGAAGAAGUAGAUUAACGGCCUCCUCCAUGUGGGAUUAGGGGGCCCUGAAGAGCCCCUAGUCCACUUCUUGCCUCUUGCCCUGUUCCCCUAGCACCAGUUGUGCCUUCUAAAUUGACUGCACCUGUAUCUCAUUUGCCCUUGACCAUCCUAGAAGGAUUUUGGUGGAGAUUUUUUCCUUCCAUAUCUCACAAUCCUGUUUUUGGACACUGGAAUAGUACUCAUAGAAGAGCAAGGCCCUUGUUGGACUAGUUAGGUGAAUUUGAAUUUCUGUUAAUUUAUUUUUAUCUAGCCCUGGACUUUCUUUUCCAUCCGGGGGGGAUUGAGUUGUUUGUUACUCAAUAAAUUUGUGCUUAAAGGAAA